AUGCAAAAACGAAAUACAGAAAGUGGGACCAUCCCAGUUGGGAUCAGGUAUGAAGAUAAAGCAGAAAGCGUAUCAAAUGGAAAAAUAAGCGCAUCUUUCGAUAAGUUCAGAGUAGGGGAUAAGGAAGGUAAAGUGGAUAAGAAAGCAAAAGGAAAGCCGAGCAAAGCCGAAGCAGCGAUGGAAUUCGAUGAUGAAGAUGGGGAGUACAUUCCAAACGCAAAGAAUUCGGAAUCAGAUGAUUCAAGCCACGAAAAAAGUUUAACACCAACAUCUUCAAACGAAACACAAGCCGAAGAAACACCGCGGAAAAGACGGAAAUACACCUUUAGAAAGCGGAAACCAGCCACCGGAAAGAAGAAAGUGCACAAUUACCCGCGGCCCAAGCGGUACGUGUGCCUUAUUCCGGGAUGCGGGAAGGCAUACACCCGGCCUUCACUAUUGGAACAGCAUCAAAGAACACAUACUGGUGAAAGACCGUUUGUAUGCCAGUAUCCCGGGUGUGAUCAGGCUUUCACACGCAAGGAUCACCUCAGAAGACACCAGUUGAAGCAUCUGGAUGAGAAGGACAAGCCAUUCCACUGCAGUGUGUGUGGAAAAGGUGUGAACAGCAAGCAGCAUCUUAAAAGACACGAAAAGACGCACUACAAGUCUUUUCAUUGCAACUAUCCAGGUUGCAACGAAUCCUUCUACAAGCACCAAUCGUUGAAAGCACAUCAGCGGGCGGUGCACGAGGACAGGCAGCUCAAAUGCCCGAAAUGUGAUAAAACGUUCUCGAGGCCGGGAAGACUAAAUUCACACUUGAAAAGGCACCACAAGGACAAAUCGAGGUUUGUCUGCGAGUAUCCGGAUUGCUUGCAGUCGUUUAAGACGUGGAGUGCCCUCCAGUUGCAUAUUAAAGGCGUGCAUCCGAAGUUGGAGUGUCCUACAUGUGGAAGAAAGUGUGUGGGGCCAAGUGGGCUUAAAAACCACAUGAAAGUCCAUGAUGAGGCUACUGUAAUAAAGCUAUGGGUGUGUCCAUCGUGUGACAAGAAGUAUCUCCGGAAGAACGAGUUGUACGAUCAUUUUGUAAGCGAGCAUCCUGGUGAUGAGGUUCCUGCUUUUUUAGUACGAGAUUCGAAGAAAGACGAGAUGAAGAAAGAUGGAGAUGUGGAAUACAAGCUUGUUGAGGGGGGGGAUGUAUGUGUGAAAAAUGUCAAGAAUGAAGAUGUUAAUAAUGAAGAUGUGGAUGCUAAGAAUGAAGAUGUGAACAAUGGUAGUGAUGCUGGAAAGAAGCCAUUUUCAUUGGCCGAGAAAGUUGAUGGUGAAAUAAACUUCCUCGUGAGUAAAUAUAACGGUGAAACAUUCACCAAAGCGGUCAAAAGGAGAGAGAUAGAGUCCUCUCCGAUGGAUCUGAUUAUAAACAACGUGGACAACCGGCUUGCUUGCGAAUAUGAGAAUUGCCAUAGGCUUUUCAGGAGAAACUACGAUCUUCAACGGCAUCUAGACUGGCAUCAUAAGCAGGAUGCAAAGUUAGAGGAUAAGGUGAGGCAGAUAAACGCAGAAAAUUGA